CUGUGGACAGAAAAAAUUCAGUUUGGCAGACAAGACUCGGCCACACCAGUGCUGGUCCUCGGAUGCCCAUUCACUGCUUAAGGUGAGAUAAAACAAUGUUGUGAUCCAUCAUGUCAAACACUGCUGUUAAAUCUAAGAGCACAGGAACAAUACAGUCAGCAGAAUCAGUGGCUAAAAAGAUAGUCCAGAGUCAAUUCAUUUGUUUUAUGGUUUUUAAGCAAGGGGUGCCAAUAAAUGUGGCCAGCAUUGUUAUCUAAUGAUACAGUAUACAUUUUAAUGAUUUAUUAAUUAUAUAUUACAGUCUAACAAAGUUACCAGUCUGAGACAACAAUUAAAUAAAUUUUAAUGACCUGUUCUAGGGAAAUCUAUUUUGCAAAAUUGAUUUAAAAAUAAAUUUUGCAAGGUCAAUUUUUGCAGAACAGCAAACUAAACAAAAGACAACAUCUUUUAUCUUACUCAGCAACACUUGAAGUACUGAGAAAUCAACGAUACUGACCUUGUGGCCUUCAUCACAUUCACAGCAAGACAUCUAACAGUUUGCAUAAAAGAAAAGGCCACAAGCUAAACACUUGUUGCUCUCUUAAUGAAGUUGUUAUCUAAGUACAUUACCAGGUUUAUGUCUCUCUAGAUGUAUGUUUGAGGUAGGUCAAGUUGUAAAUUUUGGAAUUAUGUGUACUGUCUUAAUUUGCUUUCUGGAUGUUUACUCUUGGUUACAUGAUGUGUUUCUUUUCAGAUGUAUGAUGCAAUCUAAGAAAAGGCAAGCGUGUCAGCAGAAGUUUCCUGCAUGUGUCAUUGCUUCUUUAGUUUUAUUAGAGGGAUCGCUCAUUGUUUUUGUCAUAUAUUUUUGUCUUAGCUGGAAGGAUACUGUUGAAGAGAGUUCUCAAGAUCUGACCUCUGACUUCAAUGACAAAAAUAGUGCCGGCUGCAGAACCAAAGUUACAGUCGUGAAUGAUGAGGCUAUGAAACAAAAAUACGAUACCUGCAGUGCAAAUUUCAGCAAAGCCUGGAGCCAAUCAGAGCACAAUCUGAAAGAACCUGCAGAAAAGUACAUGGAGAAAACCCAUGCACUGGCUUUAUACCUGUUCACACAUUUGGUGCUGAAACAGGGGAACAAAAACUCUGAACCUGCAGAAAGAACUUUAAAACAAAUGCACGCUUUUGAACCCAUCUCCCUUUAUUCCUCCUUAAGUCAGGCGAUUCAAAUUUUAAAGCAAAAUCAGGUGAUAUGUCUGAGUACAAACUACAAGACAGAGACUGUUUUAGAACUCAAUAUCUCCACCGUUCAGGUUCGAUUUAGUACUUUCAUUUUAGGCUCUGGUAAAUGGAAUUUUCAUAGAAAUGUUUCAUGUUUUGAGAUAUAUUCGUGCUUUGGAGCAAACAUAACUAAAUAUUCUGCCCUUAAAGGAAAUAACCAAGUUCUGAUUCCUCCAUAUGAAGUUUUUACAGUGACUGAUGUUCAGAAACAAACAAAUUCAUGUAAAGUCACGUACAAACUCAGAAGCAAUCUGAACUGUGUUUAUGACAGAGAGCACCACCAGUUGCUUUCUAUAUCUGCAUUACCUAUAGAGGGAUUUUGUCUCAUUUUUACCAUCAUUUGCUUUAUACUUCUGUCCAUUUUACUGCUCUGUGUUAUCAUGAAAUUUUACCAUAGUAUGAACUCAGCACAUAAGGUUUCACCUUUGCAGAACAUUACCCAAUCACAUUACAUCCUGUAAUGUUGCUAAUUUACAAGCCCAUUCCAAAAAAAGAGUAAUAAAACUAAACAAAAAUGUCAGCAAAUGUUUACCUCACAUAUAAUUUUGAGUCUUGAGGUGCAUUGUAAAAGCAUUCACAUGUCAUGAGAUUUGGGAUUUUAUGUGAUAGAUCAACAAAAGGGCAUAAUUGUGAAGCUGGAAAAAUAUAAUACAUGGUUUUCACAAUUCUUUACAAAUAAAAAUCUACUCAGUUUCA